ACGAAGAAAGAAGAUUGAUUUCAUGUAGAUUUCUUUGUUCCUGCUCGUUCUGCAUCCAUGCUGGAGCCACCGGUACCGUAGCGUCACUAUCAGCUCACUACGAGGUGUCAGAGCUGACUUUCGCAAGCUCUUUCACACAUGGAUGUGUCUUUGAACAGCCGCAGCUCGAGUUUCUUUUUCCCUCACAAUUUUAAGAGGGGACAGAAAAGCAAACAGCAAGAACUCUCAAUCAUAGUUAGCAGCCAGCACUAGUAACAUCCCAACAAUGAAGAGCCGCACCAUGAGCCAAAGUCUUUCCCCAGUCCCCAGCCGUCGCCGCCCCACGAGCAUAGGCGAGAGUCUGUCCAAUACGUUGGAGGAUUGGUCCAAAGGAGUCACCUCCCUCAUGGAUCAAAGCUUUUCUGAUUACGGGCGUAGCAGCAGCAGAACGGGUAGCAUGCGCAGCAGUGUCAGCAGCAUGGAUGCCUCGAUUUCCCAACAGUUUGGCAGUCUGGACGAAGACAUGAUGGCGGUCAUUGAUGAGGACAACUUUCGACUUUUGCAAAAGACACUGCGAAGCAAGGGGUGUGUGACCAAUACGUACAUUCAAAUGAACGCGGGAAAGUACGUCCAACAUGUUGUCCACAAAAAGCAACAGCAAGACGAAGAAGAAGAAAGACGCAGUUCAGUUCGUCGCUCCGUCUCUCCUUAA